AUGGUGUACGACGAGCCAGAUGAACGCGAUAAUAACCCGAAGCUUAAAGUCCUCUACUUGGAGGAUAUCGAUCUCUGGAUUCUUCGCGACCCGGAGAGAAACGGUGGCCGGGACCGCCUGGAGAAACUCCCAGUCCUCUAUCCUAUUACCCACAUCCUAACUAGGGCGCUGGCCGAGGGUGUCAUCGCGAACGAGGGAUACCAGACCAACGUCGACUCGUUCUUCGCCAUAAAGCUCAAUAAGCGCGCCUUGAAGAUUCGCUGGAAGAAGGAAACGGCUCAGGAUUCGUAUGGGGCUACUCGAACUGCUACCAUCUUCAACUAUAUGGGCCUCCGUCUAGAUGAGAACGCUCCAAAAAGAGUGCCCGACGAGAUGAUGCGCAUGAUUGGUCCUAACGCCGCUGUCCGGCGGCUGGAGCAAAAGUUGGAGGCUUUGCACACAGCACUCCGGCAAAAGUACGGACGUCCCAGCUGGGCUACAGAAGACGAAAUCCAACAAUAUGAGACGACCCAAGCUCAGCUGAGCGCCGCGAGACAAAAACAGCCAAGAAAGGUCUUCCGAAAAUUGGCAUUCGCGAGCCAUUCUACCGAGCCUGCUCGCCAUGUGGCCCCGAACCAUCGGCGCUCUUACACUCGGAAGAAGCCGGAACCCUGUAUCUUUUGCGGGAAGGUGUACACGCGGAUAGACGCGCUGUGGGAUCAUCUAGAGGACCAUUUCGAACGCGCCAAAGGCGAGCCCUUAGUCUGCCCCCGCGAGGAGUGCAACGGGAUAGUUUUAGAUGCCCAGAGUGUUUCAAAACCCAUGCUGCCCGCUUCCAUAGAUGCAGCUUCAGAGUGCGGAUUAAACCUGUGACCCCGGGGAGUAAAAAGCUGCCAGCUGUGGCCAAGACCAAUCAUGUCGCCGGAGUAUCAGGCACCUCUGCGAGGUGGAAGUUCAACACUGAAGAUCAGGGAGAACGGCCUACGUUCAAAAAUAAUUAUACGAGUUGG